UAAAAAUAAUAAUAAAAUGCUGUUAAGCAAUCAGCCGGCAAAUGCCCAGCCGCCGUCGCCGACAGCGCCACAAAGUUUCAAAGCCAAGUUGCAGCAACAAAUUGCAACUGCAGCAGUUGCUGCCGCAGCAGCUGCCGCAACAACAAUUGCCAAUAACAAGCAGCAACAACAGCAACAUCAGCUACAUCAGCUACAUCAUCUAAACAAUCAUCAUCAUCAUCAUCAGCAUAACAUUUCCUUUGCCACCGAUUUCUCAAUUGCCGCAAUAAUGGCACGCGGCGGAAACGGGGCAAGUCUGAGUCGCGAGCCAUCCGAAAGGAGUCUGAGUCCGUCGUCUGUUGAACGCUACUCGACGCAGGAUGCGGACGAUGAUGUUGACGUUGAUGUGGUUGACUGCAGCGACAGCGAAACGCCAACGGCAACAGCAGCAACAGCAGCAGCGGCAGCAGCAGCAGCUGCGGCACAGCAACAAGCGCGUCAGGCAUUGCGUGUUGCACAGCAACAACAACUGCAACAGCAACAGCAACAACAACAGCAACAGCAACAACAUAGACAGCAGCAGCAAUCACAUCAGCAACAUGCAACGCAAAACAAGCAGCGACAACAACACAAUCAUCACAACAGCAACAGCAACAGCAACAGCAACAACAGCAACAGCAACAACAGCAAUCACCACAAAUCGAGCAGUCAGCGAGCGAGUGGGCGUGGCACGAGUGCAUCAGCUGCAACUGGCGCUGGCAGCACGCCCUCACCGCCACCGCCCCCGCCAGCCGCACCGCCCCCACGUGCCGCAAACAGCCCCAGCGAAGACGAGCGCCUGUCUCCCGAGGAGCCCGCGCAGCAGCCGACGCCCAAAAUACUUGGCACUUGCAACUGCGAUGAUCUCACGCCCGUGCAAUGCCAUCUGGAGACCAAAGAGCUCUGGGAUAAGUUCCACGAGCUCGGCACCGAAAUGAUCAUCACCAAAACGGGCAGGCGCAUGUUCCCCACGGUGCGUGUGAGUUUCUCGGGUCCGUUGCGGCAAAUUCAGCCGCCGGAUCGUUAUGCCGUAUUGGUGGACAUUGUGCCGUUAGAUUCUCGUCGCUAUCGCUAUGCAUAUCAUCGCAGCUCGUGGCUGGUGGUCGGCAAAGCGCAUCCGCCUCAGCCCGCACGCGUUUACGCCCAUCCCGACCGCCCCAUUAGCCCGGAGGAGUUGCGCAAACAAGUCGUCUUCGAGAAGGUGAAGCUGACAAACAACGAAAUGGAUAAGAGCGGACAGGUCGUGCUGAAUUCUAUGCAUCGCUAUCAGCCGAGAAUUCAUUUGGUGCGUCUGAGCCAUGGGCAGAGCAUACCCGGCAAUCCCAAGGAGCUGCAGGAUAUGGAUCAUAAAACGUUCGUUUUCCCGGAGACCAUAUUCACGGCCGUGACGGCCUAUCAGAAUCAAUUGAUUACAAAAUUGAAAAUCGAUUCGAAUCCGUUCGCAAAAGGAUUUCGCGAUUCGUCUCGUCUGACUGAUUUUGAUAGAGAUCCCAUGGACUCGUUCUUCUUCGAUCAGCACAUGCGUGCGGCACCGUUGCGCUUCUUUCCGGAUCCGCUGAUGGGGCAACUGACGCCGCAGGAGGCGGAUGCCGCCUCGUUGGCGCUGCUGGAGAAGGCGCGUCAGCAUUUGCAGAUGUUUGGCCGGUCGCCGUAUACGGAAAUGUUGCUGCCACAUUUGUAUCAGCGUGCCGCACCACCCGCGCCACCGUCAGCACUGGGCGCCUUCCAGCUGGGCAUGUGGCAGCAGCAGUGGCCACAGUUGACGGCCGGCUUCUUGGCGAGCGCCAAUCAGCAGGCAGCGUUUGCAGCGGCGGCAGCAGCAGCUGCGGGCGCCAGUCGAACGCCGCCACCAACAUCAGUUGCCGCAGCCACUGCACCGCCCGCACCUGCCACGCCCACAUCGUCGUGCGGCUCAGCAUCGCCCGAUUUGCGCAUCAAAAGCCAACUCGGCCACUAUCCGCAACGCUUCAGUCCCUAUCAAGUGCCGCAGCAUCCGCAAUCGUCGCCGGCAACAUCCUCGCGAGCGGACAGUCCCUAAGAGUCCGGCUGCCCCCGAUGCCACGCCUACGCCUCGAAAGGAGGGGCGGGUUGACAGCCACCCCCAAAAAUGGGAAAUAAUUGUAAAACCUACACGAAAUGUAUGUGCAAUGAUUGAAAAUGUUUGUAAAUAACACCCUACUAUCCCUGCUACCUUAGCCCCCC